AAAAAAAGCGAAGCAAAAAUAGCGAAAUGAAAUUUUUAUAUUUCAUAACGCUUUUUGCUAUUUUGCAUACCCAAACGAGAUUGGUAUCUCCAGAUAAUUUGAUUUUGGCAAAGAGCAAAAGCUUGCUGGAUAAUAUUUAUAAGACCUUCACACAGGUGGUUCCAGCGUUACCUCUAAAAAUGGCAACAUCCACUAUUAAUCUUGUCUGUACUACUUUCCACGACUACAUCCAAAAGCACAUUCCCGCCAAAUUCACACCAAAGUUGGAGAACAUCAAGCUACAAUUGCGUACCGCUUGUGCUAAGCGUGAGUAUCCUCUAAGCGAUCUCAGUGGCUUGGCUGCAGAUAAAGACUUCGACCGUAAAAAGAAGACGGUUAUUAUGUCCACCGGCUGGACUACGCAAGUAGAUAAUAGACAGCAUGACAUGCUGGCCAAGGCGUACAACUGUCGUGGGGACACAAAUUAUUUGGCGCUCGAUGUCAGCGACUAUAUACAGACAAUGUACACUUGGUCCUCAGAGAACACCAACACGAUUGGCGAAUAUGUCGCCAAGGGGCUGCAGAAGCUGCUCACCUUUAUAAACGUCGCCGACUUGCACUUGAUGGGUCACAGCUUGGGUGCACAAAUAAUGGGCUCGGCGGCGCGUCACUAUCGCUUAUUAACUGGCAAAAGUUUACCGUACGUGACCGGAUUGGAUCCCGCUCUACCGUGCUUCAGCAUACGCAAGGGAUUGACUACACUUUCGUCAAAGGAUGCUGACUUCGUGGAUAUCAUACAUACAGAUCCCGGUGUACUCGGUCAAUACGAAACUUAUGGCCAUGUUGGUUUCUACGUCGGUGGUAAAUAUCCCAUAAAAAACGGUUGCACAACACCGCACUGCUCGCAUAGCAUUGUUAUCCCAUAUUAUGCGGAGUCCGUUUAUCCAAAUAACAACCGAGACUUUGUUGCGAAGCAGUGCGCGUCUUUUAAGCGUCUUAAUUGUAAUGGCGCUGAGACUGUGAUGGGUUUUGCGGUUUCACGUAACGCAAGGGGCACAUAUAUGCUGGAGACAAACGCUAAAGCGCCUUAUGGCAAAAAUGCAGGUAGCGGGUACACAGAUCCCAAUUCGUCAAAGUGUGGCACAUGCCAGGGUUAAAAUCAAUAAAGUUCUAUAAUCUAUUAGAUACUUCAAUAAGUGCAUUAA